UCGAUGUGGCCGUGAGAACAAAUAACGAUCCAGGCGGAGAGGGGACCCAUAUACAACCUACAUACAAUCACAUAUUUUUAGGCCAACGCAAAUCUCUCAAAAUUCUCAGUUAUACUCUGUCACGUAAAUGUAAAAAUGCCAAAACGAUCGAUCUACUUGCAAUCGUCGGACAAUCUUUAUCGGAGAGCUCGACGCGAUCUCGAAUUUCUGUGCAAUUACUGGGACCGUUUGCUCACGCCGAAUCAAAGCUACGAUAUACGUCUGCCGGAAUUACUGCGCGCUAAUCACUUAAUGAGACACAUAUCAAGUCUGUCUCUCCCGUCAAACCAAGGACUGCGAGUCAACGUGAGCUUUACUAUUCUUGAUGAUGGCAAUCGCUUAGAACCGGAGGAAACGUAUCGGCUGCGUAACGCGUCGCCUUAUUACACCGAAUCUCGUAACAGAUUCCGCCGAUCGUCGUACCACUGCAGUAACGCAGUCGGAUAUAACGAUCUGAGAAAUUACAUAAGGCAGAUAAACGAAAAUUACGCAACGAUCGAGAGGGAACUGCAGUUAAGGGCCAGAAUAUUAGCACCCCUCAUCGAACGCAAUAGAUUCGCGGGAUGUCAGAAUGCAUUUUACACUCAGCGCGCGGCGACGUACAAUUGGAAUAAAUUUCCUGCCGGAAAUCGAGCAUCAUGUUCCGCGAGAGUUUCCCCAUGGUUACAAGAGCGACGUGCCAAUCCGCGAGAAAGAGACAAUCGUCAAACUUGCACGUUAUUCGGACACGAAUGCUGCCUUGCUGACAGAAUGAAUGACGUAGACGGUUGCUCGUUAAGUCGGCAAUCAGCGAGACAGAAAGAAAAUUCGCCCGAGUUUAACGACUCACCGAGAACCGCCAAGGAAUGCUCCCCACAAACUUCCGCCUUCUGCGCGACAGUCCAGAAGCUGCAACAGAACAACAUUAACGCUUUGCAGAACCGCGCCGGAACUGCGCCGGUCCGAAACGACAACGGUUAUACGAUGAUCAGGCAGCGUAUAAGCUCGAAAGAGUCGAUGGAAGCGUGCCAGGGUGUCAGUAAAAUCAUCAGCGACGCGACGACUUACACCCAUCCGGCGGAAUCGAGGCCCGUCAAGCCCGACGGCGGCGUCGCGAUAAAUAACGGCGAUAAACGAUCGAUCGAAUCGCAGCCGGUCGGCUGUCAGGGAAAUGUCCUGCCGCGGGCCGCCGAGUCAAGCGCCGUGACUGAUCAAAACGCAGCGGGACAAGGACGCGCGGGUAGCAAACGUAAACUCGACGAUCUGGAAGAUGAAGCGUUAUUAGCGGCCAAACUUGACGUGGAAGCCGGCGGCCGGCAGGAGCGGUCGGAAACGACCGAGAUGAUCAAGUCGCGAGUCAAGGAUACGCCAACGACGUUCGCUCCAGACGGGAGAGCUGUUAGCAAUAAGGGCUGCAGGAUCAGGAACAGCAGGAUACCUACGGAAGGAAAACCGUUCUGGAAAAGGCACGUGUCCGCGCCGAAAUACGCGAGUUUCCUGAGGAUGUUUCGCAAGGAGGAGACAGAGAAUCGACUCCGCGGCAAUUCCUCGUCUCGGAGGAACGACGGGGAAAAAUCGCAACAUCGAAGGAGACUUUCUACAGAAAGUUUCAGCACUGAAUGCGACAAUCGAGCGAAUUUGCGAAACGAAAGAAGAACACCAACCCCGAGAAGCACGGUGCACACGACGUACAAUCCUGCAAUACAAUCAGCCACUGAUCCUAUUUUAGAUUCCAGCGGUCUCACGAUACAGCUCCUGAGGCUGGCCGUUUUAUUAUACGUCCCCACGUUGAUGCCGGCGUUGAAUUCGUUAAUCGCGCAGCAGAAUCAGCAAACGUCCGCGUCGACGUCCUCUGCUAUAGAAGGAUCCAACGAUCUGUUAAUGCAAAUCUUCCGUCUGCUCAACGAGCAACAAACCAUUCCCAAUUUGCCGCUCGUAUCGAUCGGAUCCGAGAGAGUUUCUACGGCUUUAACCGCGGAGACGAACGGCGAAAGUUCGCGGUCACUUUCCGAGGAGAAACAAGAGACUACCUCGAUCGCUUUGGAAGAAUCUGACCCUGUUUCGGAGCAAGGAUCUAUCUUCGCCGGUAAGAGCGGCUGGAAAUCGAGCAGCCACGUAGAGCAGCAAAACGGAAAAAACAGAAAGUGGCGACUGACGUCGAUGUUGACCGACUCCGUGAGAUUGGACAGGAACGUCUUCACGGCGGAGGACUUCCGGAAAUUCGAGGAAUUUUUGAAGGCCGAGAAGAGGCGUCCGGAAGAUGUCCGAUUGCUGUCCACGAAAAGCAAAAACGAGAUCGUCAUGAAAGAGUACUUCCGGAACUGGUUGCAUCGGUUGCUGCGGCAAUUGAACUCGGCAAACGGUAAUCUGUCCGUGCAGAACAGCGAGGAGAGAGGACGUCCCGAGGGAUCUUCAAGGACCGUAGAAUCUUCCUUGGAAGAGGUAGGGCGGCGCAAUAGAGGCCGUUUGAUAGCCGACGAAUCGCCGGGCUCCUCGAGAGACGACGUUAAUACCUUUUCGGAGCGCGAGGAAGAGGAUUCCGACGAUCAGAAGUCGUUUACUUCCGCCACGAGCACGAACUCCUCGAGAUCGCUGCAGUUUAAGCAGGACGACGCGAUUGGCGCGGAAAAGGAAGAGAAAUUGCCGCGAAGUGAACAUUCGCAGGACUGAUAUAAUAAAUUUUCGACGAUAAACGAGCGCGUAUAAAUAUCGAAACGACGGGCUAAUAAAAUCGUAUAAUCGACGUAGCUUCGCCGUCGAGACGAAACGAGCGUUUCUUUUUUCGCUUUGCAUCGGAGGAUCGCUCGUAAAGGAGCCUCUUGAAAGUCACUCGGAAACUGUUGGACUGUUGUCAGGAUUUGAUGUAAGCUCGCGGGCCAUGUGGCUGGUAUACGCGAGGACGCUUGCGCGAGCGGUCGAACACGUGGUGAACGCCGCGCGAAGCCGAGCUUUCCCGCGGCGCGUCGCUCACCCGAGAGCUUGCAGUCGCGCGUGUUAUCGCUACCGGGACGCUUCCCCUCGAUCGGCAUGUGAUCCGUCUCUCUUUCUAUCUCUCUUUCGUAUUUACUUUACCCUUGUGUGUGGGUGCUUGAAGCAACAAACGUCGAGCGAUUAACGCGAGCCAGGCUUGGAAAGAAUCGCUAAAACAAACGGUAUAGAUAACAUAUUCGUUCUCACAUUUCUCGUCUUCUAUAUGUAAUCACGAAUAGCAGUUGAUAAAAACUGCUGAGAAUCGUCGAAAAACGCCGUUCUCGUCU